AUGAAGAAAGAACUUUUGGAUUUAAUCGAUAAAGGUGAUAAUCAGCGGAAUAUCGCUGAAUCUUUUUCUGUUGCGAAGUCAACUGUUGGGAACAUCGGUAAGAACAGAAGAGAGAGUCUCGGAGCCUGGAAUGAAAAUUGCUGCAGUGAAAGAAGACGAAAAUUACGGAAAACUAAAAAUGAAGAGCUCAACAACUUGGUUUUUGAGUUUUUAUGUAAAUGUCGUUCUAUAGAUAUUCCAGUCAGUGGACUUAUGCUUCAGUCAAAAGGUAAAGAAAUAGCAAAAAAGCUUGGUAUAGAAAAAUUUCAAGCUAGCAACGGUUGGUUGGAAUCUUUCCAAAGAAGACACAACAUUAAUUUUCGGAUUCUCUGUGGCGAACCAGCAGCAACGGAUUUAGAAGUAGCAGCGGAAUGGAAGUCAAAAUUGCCGAAUUUAUUGAAGGAAUACGCUCCUGAAAAUCAAUUCAACGCUGUUGAAUUCGCAUUACUUUAUCGACAGAUGCCAAGAAAAAGUUUGGUGGUCAAAGAAGAAAAAUGCGCAGACGGAAAGCUUGCAAAAGAAAGGGUAACUGUACUUGCCUACUGCAGUUCUACUGGAGAAAAAUUGAAGCCAUUGAUCUUCGGAAAUGCUGAACGUCCUCGUGUAUUCAAGGCUAAUGGAGUCGAUCCAAAAAAUCUUCCCGUUACUUGGCGUUUCAAUAAGAAGGCAUAG